CCAGUGAAAGUAGAGGGUAACAUAGUUUUCUUGGAACCAUGAAGCUGUUAGCUCUUCUUUUCCUAGUCCUGGCCGUUGCCAUUGCAGAGGCUAAAAAAGAUAAGAAGAAGCCCGAAGAACCCGAUCACAUAAUCACCAAUGGAAGCCCCGCCUACGAGGGGCAGGCGCCCUAUAUAGUGGGCAUGGCCUUUGGCCAGAGCAACCUGUGGUGCAGCGGCACCAUCAUUGGCGACACCUGGAUCCUCACCUCCAUCCAUUGCCUAACGGGCAGCUCCGGGGUGACCAUCUAUUUUGGAGCCACGCGACUCACUCAGGCCCAAUUCGCGCUGACAGUGGGCACCAGUGAGUAUGUCACUGGCAGUCAGCAUCUCGCCCUGGUGAGGAUUCCCAGGAUUGGCUUCUCCAGCCGGGUCAACAAGGUGGACCUUCCGUCGCUGAACGCCAGAUCCCAGCGCUACGAGAACUGGUGGGCCAAUGUCUGCGGAUGGGGAGUUACCACCUUCAAUAAUGGCCUAACCGAUGCGCUGCAGUGCGUCGACCUGCAGAUAAUGCCCAACUCCGAGUGCGUCUCCUACUACGGAUCCACCACGGUCUCCGAUCAGAUCCUCUGCACCCGCACUCCCAACGGCAGAUCCACCUGCUUCGGCGAUGCCGGCAGUCCUCUGAUCACCAAACAGGGAUCCACACUCGUGGGCAUUUCCGCCUUCGUGGCCUCCAAUGGUUGCACCCUGGGAUUGCCUGCUGGCUUUGCCAGGAUCACCAGCGCUUUGGACUGGAUCCGUCAGAGGACGGGCAUUUACUACUAAGGGGGUCAUGCAGUAGAAAAACUAAAUAAAGAUGCCCUAUACCUGAACAGCAA